UCAGACUCAUUAAGAGUAAAAUUUUAUAAUACACUAUGGCGGAACUCACCAAACAAGAAGAAGAUUGGGAUGGUUUGUUAAUGCACAUUGCAACACAGCACCAAGGUGGUGUUCACCAACUACUAGACACAUUUUUUGCGUUUUUGAGACGAAAAACAGACUUUUUUGUCGGAGGAGAGCCAGGAGAUGCGGAGAAAGCUGUAAUCACUGCAAUGGAGAGACAACAAAAAUUAGCACUCAGUAACAAAUUGAAAAAGGAAGAAAAAAAAGUAAAAGAACUGAAAAGGAAAGAAGAGGAAGAAAAAAAGAAGCAAAGACAAAAGGAAAUAGAGGAAAGCAAAAUAGUUGAAGUUACGGAAGAAGAAGCUCGACAAAUACAAGAAUCAGCGAAGAAAAAAGAAAAGGAGAAUUCAGUAAAUGUCAAUAGUAAGAUGGAAAACGGGGACUCUGCUGAAAAAGAGGUAAAAGAAGAAACCAAGAAAGACAAUGAAGAAGAAGAAGAGGAUGAAGCUGAUAAAGGAAAACUUCGACCGAACGCUGGCAAUGGUGCUGAUUUACCAAAUUAUUCUUGGACACAGAGUUUACAAGAGUUGGAACUAAAAGUGCCAUUCAAUGUGAAUUUUCCUGUGCGAUCGAAAGAUGUUGUUUGUGAAAUCGAACGCAAACAUUUGAAAGUUGGUCUAAAAGGUCAUCCUCCUAUCAUUGAUGGCGAAUCGUAUGCGGAAAUUAAAGUUGAUGAAUCAUAUUGGACAAUAACAGACAGAAAAGCACUCCUUGUUAAUAUUGAAAAAGUUGAUAAGAUGAGCUGGUGGAGUCGACUUGUGACCUCUGACCCUGAAAUCAAUACACGAAAAGUCAACCCUGAGAAUUCCAAGUUGAGUGAUCUUGAUGGGGAAACAAGAGGAAUGGUAGAAAAGAUGAUGUUCGAUCAACGUCAAAAAGAAAUGGGUCUUCCGACAUCGGAAGAACAAAAGAAGCAAGACAUGUUGAAAAAAUUUAUGGCGCAACAUCCGGAAAUGGACUUUUCGAAAGCUAAAUUUUCAUGAUUUAACCCUAAAUCCAUAUGAUGAACCUGGUAUCCUCAUAAAUGCAACAGAUGGUUAGAUAACCCUAAUCAUAUUCACAUGAAAUUUGUGAUUUAUACUUUGCAAUGUAUUAUUUUGUAACUGUAUGAUAUUUUACAUUCCAUUGUUGAAUGAAUAAUCAUACAUAAUCUGUAAUUUAAUUGCACAAAUGCUGUCAAACUGAAUAUGAUAGAACUGUUGCAUAUGUUGAUGAUUGGUCUCAAGUUUUGAGAGAAUGAAAAGUUUGUUAUUAAAUGCUUCAUUUUUUUAUUCACA